AUGCCGCGGGGGCCCCGGUGCCGGGCCGUGCGCGCCCUGCUGCGCCGCCUGUACCGCGAGGUGCUGCCGCUGCGGGCCUUCGCGGGCCGCCUGGGGCCCGAGGGCCGGCAGCUGGUGCGGCCCGGGGACCCGCCCGCCUUCCGCGCGCUGGUGGCCCGGUGCUUGGUGUGCGUGCCCGGGGACGCGCCGCGGCCCCCCGCGAGCCCCUCCUUCCGCCAGGAGUCCCGCCUGAAGGAGCUGGUGGCCCGGGUGCUGGAGCGGCUCUGCCGGCGCGGGGCGCCCAACGUGCUGGCCUUCGGCUUCGCGCCGCCCCGCGGGGCCGCCCUGGGGCCGCGCCUGGCCUUCGGGCCCCGCGUGCACAGCCACCGGCCCAACUCGGCGACCGCGGAGCUGCGGGGCAGCCGCGCCUGGGAGCUGCUGCUGAGCCGCCUGGGCGACGCCGUGCUGGGCCACCUGCUGGCGCACUGCGCGCUCUUCCUGCUGGUGCCCCCGGGCUGCGCCUACCAGGUGUGCGGGCCGCCGCUCUGCCCGGGUCCCCCCGGCGCGGCCGCCGCCGAGCCCUCCCCGGCCUACACGGAGGCCCGGCGCUUCCUCUACCGCCGCCCGGACGCCCCGGAGCGGCUGCGCCCCUCCUUCCUGCUCAGCGCCCUGCGGCCCAGCCUGACGGGCGCCCGCCGGCUGGUGGAGGCCAUCUUCCUGGACCCGGGGCCCCGGGUCGCCGCCGCCCGGUCGCCGCCGCGCCCCCCUCGCCUCUGGCGGGCGCGGCCCCUCUUCCGGGAGCUGCUGGAGAACCACGCGCGGUGCCCCUACGGGGCGCUGCUCCGCGCGCACUGCCCGCGCCGGGCCCGGGCCGCGCACGGCCUGGCGCGGCUGCUGCGCGGGCACAGCAGCCCCUGGCUGUACGCCUUCCUGCGGGCCUGCCUCUGCCGCCUGGUGCCCGCCGGCCUGUGGGGCUCGGGCCACAACCGCCGCCGCUUCCUGAGGAACACCAAGAGGCUGGUCGCCCUGGGGAAGCGCGACCGGCUGUCGCUGCGGGAGCUGACCUGGAAGAUGAGAGUGCGGCACUGCGCCUGGCUGCGCGGCGGGGCCGGGGAUGGCUGCGUCCCAGCUGCAGAGCACCGUCGGAGGGAGGGGAUUUUGGCCAAGUUCCUGUUCUGGCUGAUGGACACCUAUGUGGUUGAGCUCCUCAAGUCCUUCUUUUACGUCACUGAGACGACAUUCCAGAAGAACAGGCUCUUCUUCUACCGCAAGAGUGUGUGGUGCCACCUGCAAAGUAUCGGCGUCAGGCAACAGUUGGAGAGAAUGGGGCUGCGGGAGCUGUCAGAAUCCGAGGUCAGAGAGCAUCAGGCAGCCGGGCGCGUCCUGCCGAUAUCGGAACUCCGUUUUAUCCCCAAGCCCCGUGGGCUUCGACCCAUUGUGAACAUGGACUACAUCGUGGGCCCCAGAGCUGUCUACAGAGAGCAGGAGGCCCAGCAUUUCACCAAGCACAUCAAGACCCUGUUCAGCGUGCUCAACUACGAGCGGCUGCGGCGUCCCGAUCUCCUGGGGGCCUCCAUGCUGGGCAUGGACGACAUCUUCACUGCCUGGCAGGCCUGGGUGCUGCGCGUGCGCGCCCAGAGCCCGGCGCCCACGCUGUACUUUGUGAAGGCAGAUGUGACCGGGGCCUACGAGUCCAUUCCCCGGGACAGACUUGUGGAGGUGGUAGCCAGGGCCAUCCGGCCCGGAGAGAACACCUACUGCAUCCGUUGCUACGCCAUUGUCCAGAGGGCCUUCGGGGGCCACAUCCACAGGUCCUUCAGGAGACAGGCCUCCACCUUCACGGACCUGCAUCCCUCCAUGCGCCAGCUCCUGGAGCAUCUGCAGGACACAUGUGCCCUGAAGGAAGCCAUCACCGUCGAGCAGAACUGCUUACUGAACGUGGACAGCAGAGGCCUGUUCGACUUUUUCCUGCACUUUGUGUACCACAGUAUCAUGCGGAUUGGCAAGAGGUUCUACAUCCAGAGCCAGGGGCUCCCCCAGGGCUCCAUCCUGUCCCCGCUGCUCUGCAGCCUGUGCUAUGGAGACAUGGAGAACACGCUACUGUCUGAGAUUCAGCAGGAUGGGGUGCUCUUGCGAUUGAUUGAUGACUUUCUGUUUGUGACACCUCACAAGGCCAAGGCGAAAGCUUUCCUCAGGGUCCUGGCCCAAGGCGUCCCUCAGUACGGCUGUGAGAUAAAUGUGCAGAAGACGGUGGUGAACUUCCCUCUGGAGGAUGUGGCCCUGGGCGGGGCCGUGCCGGUCCAGCUGCCCGCUCACUGCCUCUUCCCCUGGUGUGGGCUGCUGCUGGACACCCAGACGCUGGAGGUGUUCUGCGACUACUCCAGCUACGCCCAGACCUCCAUGAGGAGCAGCCUCACCUUCCAUCGCGGCCUCAGGGCGGGGCGGAGCAUGCGUCACAAGCUCCUGGGAGUCUUGCGGCUGAAAUGUCACAGCAUCUUCCUGGACCUGAAGGUGAACAGCCUCCGGACCGUGUGCAUAAAUGUGUACAAGAUCUUCCUGCUGCAGGCCUACAGGUUCCACGCCUGUGUGCUGCAGCUGCCCUUUGACCAGGGCGUGCGGAAGAACCCUUCCUUCUUCCUGAGCGUCAUCUCGGACACGGCAGCCUACUGCUUCUCCAUCCUGACGGCCAAGAACACAGAGCUGUCACUAGGAUCCAAGGGGGCCCUAGGCCCUUUUCCGUCUGAGGCUGCACAGUGGCUCUGCUUCCGGGCCUUCCUGUGCAAGCUGGCCUGCCACCGUGCCACCUACAAGUGUCUCCUGGCACCACUCAGGACAGCCCAGACACAGCUGUGCCGGAAGCUCCCCAAGGCCACACUGGCCAUGCUUGAGGCUGCCGCCGACCCGGCCCUGACCACCGACUUUAAGACCAUCUUGGACUGACUCGGGCCUCACCGUCAGGACCAGCUCAGCACCAGCUCUGGCCGCACCGAGGCUGGCCUAUCCCAGGAGCCUCGUGGUCUCCCCGAGACCUGCACUGUGGUGGCAGUGUGUGGUCUGUCCCGGUGCCUCACCUCCCAGGGUGGGCUCCGUGUCCUCCCUCGUGCC